CAAUAAAGAUAUCCGUGCAACCUUAAAAGAUGGAAUUUUCAAAAUAUAUCUUGAGAAAUCCCUACUUAUCAGUAUCCUAUCUUCUCUCAACUUUGAGCUUGAGUAUGAAUUUGCCUUCCACUGAUUAUAGUACCUUGUGAGUGAGUGUUCUUCCCUCUGUUUAAAAGCUAGGUGAGGCUCCCUCCUGUCGCUGGUUCGGUGAUUCACGUGCUUGCUAGUAGGGCCUCGGCGAAGAUGGCGGAUAAGAGCGAGAAGAAGCUGAGAAGUAAGGAGGACGACGAGGUGAGCGGGAGAGAUGGUGAGGCGGUUUCGCCAGAAUUGCCCGUCGGCAUCAUCACCGACAUACUUGUCAGGCUGCCCGUGAAGACCCUGCUGCGAUUCAAGUGCGUCUCCAGGCCCUGGCGUUCCCUUAUCUCCGACCCUUCCUUCGCCAGUUCGUUCCUGGCUCGUUCCCUCGCUCGUCAGGCCGUCACCUCCCUCGUUUCCAUCUCCGACCUGAGCCAGCCGGGCCCGUCGCUUUGCCAGUUCUUCAGGUUGGACCACCAGACGGGGCUUUGCGCUCCUGUACCUCUGCCGGACAUGCCCUCUAAUACCGCGGAGAUCUCAGAAGGCAUCCAUGGCUUCAUUUGCCUCGACGACGGGGGUCUCACUUGCGUGUGUAACCCCAGCACCAGGGAAGUCGCAGCCCUCCCUCUCACCAACCCUGAUUUCCCCGACGAUCUCCAGGGUGAGAUGAGCAGCUUCGCCACAUUAGGUUAUGAUUCAGCCUCGAAACAGUACAAGGUCCUCAAGACGUGGAUUCUGUACAGCCCAUACGGUGGUGUAGCCGCUGCUCAUAAGGUUCUGACGCUAGGUACUAAUUCAUGGAGGACAGUGGAUGAUUGCCCUAUCAAGUUUCCCUGGGAUGAUUGCAUCAGUGAAGAAGGGGCUAUACAUAUCCUGACACGUGACUCGAUGAGGGGGAACAUUGUUGGCACACUCGAUCUCGCGAGUGAGAAGUUCAGGAUGUUAUUGCUUCCUGAAGGUGUCCGCGCGGUUAAGGUUGAGCUGAAGCUAUUCAGAGGGCAUCUGGCCUUGCUAGAGAGCCGACGCCUUCGGGACAACAACACCAUAACACUGUAUGUUCUGGAUGAUUACAGGAGUCGGGCUUGGAAGGAGCUGAGAAUGGUGCUGCCCCGUAGUUGGAAGGAGGACAUAGGUUUUCCUCCUAGAUCAUUACGCAUUAGCAUUCCACGCAACGGCUCCGGCGACAUUUUGCUCAUCCCCACGAUUAUAUACAAGCAGUCUGUGGCGUAUUUGUUCUCUUACAAUGUCGAGAGCAAGAGGGUGAAGAAGGUUCAAAUCCACGGUCCCCCUUUUCACAUUUUUUAUCAGUAUAGGACUCUUUCCUUGGAAUGCAGACCUUUUGAUUUGGUAGACAACAUAUUGUCAUUGAAUCAUGUUUAACUCGUGAAACAGAUUCAGUCGGAACUUCACGUGAUUAUAUCCUAGUAGUAUACUAUGGGAAGAGAAAGUCGCAUUACUGAUCAUAUGUUGUUACCGUCGUCAGAAGUUCAAUGCACAUAAGAUCAAUGCACA